AUGGAGUUUCCAUUUGGGGAGUUCGACCUAAUUCUGGGGAUGGGCUGGUUGAUUAAGCAUCCUGUUAGCUUGGACUGUGUGACUAAGAGGGUCAUACUAAGAACUGAGGAGGAUAAGGAGGUAUUCAUGAUUGAAGAACACCAGAAUUACUUAUCUAAUGUGAUCUCUGCACUGGUGGUAGAGAAGAUGGUUCGUAAGGGAUAUGAGACAUUCUUGGCCUAUGUCAGUGUUUUGGAUUGUGGGGAUUCUAUAAUUAAGGAUAUCAGAAUGGUAAAGGAUUUUCCGAACGUCCUACCGGAGGAGCUACAAGGGUUACCUCCGAAUCGUGAGUUGGAAUUUGGGAUUGAGCUACUUCUAGGUACAGCUUCAGUGUUCAUCACUCCCUAUCGAAUGGCACCAAAAGAGCUUGUAGAGAUUAAGGCUCAGAUUCAAGAGCUAUGUUAA